GAACACGGAGGGACAGAGACGGGCACAUUUUAACCAGAUGUCCAGCAAUAAAUAACAGGCUCAGCCCCCCCAGCUGAGGGGACAUUUACAUAUGAAGUGCCCGCGAGGGCGGGUCCCACGGGACCGGAGCGUGCCUGCGCGUCCACAUGGGGAAGACACAUGAUCGUUCCUGCAGGACGAGCUGCUUCUUUUGGGUAACUUUGUAAAUGAGAUGUAAAUGUGCAAGCGCGGCGUGUGCACACGCUGUGCAUAUAAACCCCAGAGGAAACAGCCACGCACUGGGUCCUCAUGGGUCCACAGCGAGCCGAAAUGCAGCCAGUCGCAGCCAAACUACCCCAAGUCCACAGAACACCCUUUUCUGUGGAGGAUAUUUUGGACCCCACAACAUUUACAAGGAAAAUAAUCUGUGCUGAUGAUGCAGCAACUACAGAGGCCUCUUCCCCCAGAGAUGACCCCACAGAGCAGCAUCCUCCGGCUGGUGACGGAGGACGUCCUGGGAAGCUUCAGAGGUCGAAGGCAAAGAGCCGACGGAUCCGCACCGCUUUCACCACGGAUCAGCUACAGAUCAUGGAGCACAGCUUCCAGAGGUGUCACUACCUGUCGGUGCUGGAACGGCACGCCAUUGCCUCCGCCCUCCGCCUCUCCGAGAACCAGGUCAAGAUCUGGUUUCAGAACAGACGCACCAAGUGGAAGAAGGAGCGUCAGCAGGGGAAGGAGGCCGAGGUGGAGCACGGCUUCACACCAGCCAUCUCCUACAGUUCGCUCUACUGCCAGCCGCGCACGCAGCUCCAGCUGUUCGCACCGCUGCCGCUGCUGCCUUAUCACCACUAUUACGCAUGAUGCGCCAACCUGCACCGUGACUGAGCACAUGUAGCCCACCAGACAAAUGUCUGCACAAUGUGGCACAAUAACAAAGCGGACUGACAUCAGAGAACAUGGAUAAGAGAUGGUGUUUUCUAAUGUAAUUAUAGUCGACUAUAAUUUAUUUUGAUAAAUAUUUGUAUUAAAGCUUUUCUCGUUGGUUUCUUGCUUUAU